AUGAGCUACAAAGACAACUUCAACAUCAAUGGAAAUUCCUUCGCUGGCACAGGAUAUUUCACAGGAAUCCUCAAUGAAAAUGAAGGAUUGAGCCAACAUUGGCACAGUAUCGACUGGGAGGACCCAUUAUUAUACACAAUGCCACUGAUGAGAGACGAGUUAGCAGCCCUCAACAAUGGACUGGCCCUUCCACAAUGUCCUACUCCUGUCAUUGCCGAUGUUUCACCUGAGGCACAUCAACUCACACCGUCCUCUUGUGCACUGUCUCGCGCGCUGUCACCUGCUGAUGGAGAGUCACCACCAGAGCUCCACUGUGACACGAAUUCGUCCACCUGGGCAGCACGAAACCCAACACGUCCCAUGCUUCAUCGCUGGACUCCACUGCCUCGGCUGUCAGAUGCCCAGAAGGCCUCUCAAAAAAUUAAGAAGGAUCAGAGGACUGCAGUUACAAAGCAUUUACACGACGCUGUUGCCAAACAUCUACAAGAACAGAAAAAUGCAGUCAUAUUGCUCUCACUCACUCACAACAUCACUCCAAAACAUAUCGACAACAUGAUCAGUAAUCAGACCAAGUAUCACACAGCGCGCAAGGUUAACCUGACUAAUGCAUUGAUCCAUGCCAAAGCUAAGGAGAUGGAUAAUGAUCAGCCUAAUGGCUCUAGGCAUAUAUUGCCUAAGCUGCACGAAAUGGUUGCCAAGGAUCCUGACAUGCAAGAUUUGACGAGGGACGAGAAGGCCGCCUAUGUGGCUGCUCUUAGUGAGCACCAUGAAAAAAAGGGUGUCAAAUUUAUCAGUCCUUCAAGCAUUGGGACUGUCAGCAAAAUCCACAAGCUCUGUGAUAUGCUGAGGGCCAAGCCAUGCAAGAAGUGCUCCGAUGCUGGAAUCCCUCGCAAGUGCAAGGGUGCACCUACUACUGGACAGGGAAACAAAGAGAAUAGAAGGCCAUCAAAGAAGGUGAAAAAGAAUACCAGUACCCAGCAUCAGGAGGCCACCAAAAGUACAGAAUUUGUUAUGUUGUCUGAGGAUGAAGAUGAGGACAAGGACAAUGCAAAGUAUGCACUAGCAACCACAAGCAAGAUUCUUGAUGUCUACAGCUCCAAUGGUGCCACAGGCUACAAUAUUGGAUGCUCAUAUAGCAAAACUGUUGCAGCAAGUUCAAUAUCAACAAAGGCCAGUGCUAAACACCAUCGCUUCCUAGUCAACACAUUUCAUGGCCACACUCACAAUCACCAAUGUCAAAUUCAAUAUCAUCUGCUCUAUCAGGAAGGUCUUGGGAUCGAAGACUUAGAAACAUGUAAACGAAUCUUCUCUGCUUCUAAUGCUGUUGCACCUGUAAUUUGUCAUGCUUCUUAUUUUCAUUGGCUACAAUUCAACAAACUUCAUUUCGACCAAUGGGACCUAGACAAAUACUCUGAACUCAGUAAAUUCAUCUACAACAACUACAAGCAGGCUCUUCAUAUUGUCAAUGAGCUGUCACCUGCAGUUCAAGAGCUCAAAACCCUUGCCACUGAGACCAAAGAAGACAUUGAGAAAAUGACAUACGUCAAAGCCCUUGAGUCUUUGGCGAGCGCAGAGGCCAAGUACAGGAGUGUCACAUCUGUUCAGUUUCUGUCCUAUAGUCUGACAGAUUUCAUGCCUACACAAGGGCUUCGCAAAAGUGUGCAAACUGUUGCAAGAGCUCGGGAGGCUGAGCACAGUGCAGCAUACUGCAGUUGUUUCAUUCGUGUUGUCGAGCACCUUGAGGGAUUAGUGGUCAAGAGGCUAUUUGAGUUAGCCAAAGCCAAUCUUGCAGGGACCAGCUACAAAUUACGACAACAUAUCUCAAAUGCUAUUACCCAACGUUCUGCAGCAAUACAUGCAGCGUUGGACAAGUACAAUGACCUUGCACCUUUGCAAAAUCCACCCCAACUGACUCUCACAUACCAUGAACAAGACCUCCUAUCCAAGCCUUGGGCUUCAAAAACCAAUUGCGAAGUUGCUGCCAAAUAUUUUAAAGUAGUGCGUGCACAUGAGGAGCUCGCUCGCUUGAAUGUCGAAGUAGUGUGGCUUCAUGCAUGGGUCAAUGAUGAAGACACACAUCUGUCAUCUGUUGCACGAUCACUCUCGGAAACUGACCCUGCCCUUGCAUAUAAAAUUCAGUGCUGGUUUGAGGAGUGUCAUCAGGUGAAUAACAUUCACUGCACCAAACUUGAAGCAAUCUAUGAUCUCCCAGGAUACAAUGGUCUCAUUCAGGCAAGUAAGAAAAGGAGGGAAGGGAAGGAUGGAGAUCAUGUUGAAUGGGUGUUGGGUGACUUAGAAGGAUCCUCAACGAUUCUUGUAGAUGAGGAUGAUGUUCUUUGUGACAAAGAUAAUCACCUCGAUGCAUGCAUGUCUGAGUAG